GACGGUUUUAAGUUCUGACCAUGACAGACCGAGGCUGGCGCAAGAAGAACCAUAGCGGGCACCAACAGGCAAGAACGCAACUCGGAUGCAUCGAGCUGAUGACGAUGCAUCUCGCCACACAUGAGCAUCUGCGUCGUUGUGGUCGCUGUGGGUGUUUCAGGGGUCGGCCACAGCAGGCUAUGGCGGCCCCUUUCCUGUGAGUUCAGGCAGGCCGAACGCGAGUGGCGCUGAGGCGAGUGCGAGUCGUGCAGCUGGUCAUAGGCACGGUCUCAAUGACCCCGCUGUGCUCAAGGCAUAUGCCAGCGGCAAGGAGGUCCGCGCCGGCAAGCACACACCCGCAUCCGCGAGGUGAGCUGACUGCACCGCCAUCCUCCUUCCCUUCCUUCAUCACACAACUCUCUGUUGGUGCAGUUCUCAGGUAGCUACUACCUCUGCUGAUGGGAAGGUCGGUAGCAAGGUUGUGGAUGGCGGCGUGCCCAGCCGCCAGACGGCCCGCACAGGUGAGGGCAUGGUGCUGCAGCACCUCCUCCGCGGCAAGCAGGGCGAGACAGAGGGGCUUCGCAAGGAACUCGAAAAGGCCAAGAAGAGGUGGGUAUGUGAGCAGCGAGGUGGCGAGGUGACGCGUGUGUGUGGAUGUGUCAGUCACCACGAGUUGGAGGAGCGGUGGAAGGAGAAGUUGCGUGUCAUGGAGGCGCAUUAUCGGGAGAAGUAACACACACCCAUCCGCAGAGAGAGAGGGAUGCACUUUGACGGAUGGAUGGGUGUGGGUGUGGGUGUGUGGUUGUGGUCAGACUUGAGUCGAUGAAGAGGGCAUCGGAUGGCAAGAAGGUUGGCGAGAUGGACGUAUUAGCUCGGUAAGUCUGGCUGGACACCCCACACGCACCACAUAUGCAGAACGUCACUUGAGGUGUGUUUGUGUGUGUCAGUGGUUUCCCCGUUGUCGAUAGCCUGGCCUCGAUGGACCUGGAGGGCGUUACCGCGUUCAUCAACGACGUACACAACAAACAGGUAUUCCACACACACACAGACGCCCUCCCCCACAACACUCACAUAUUCCCUGCCAUCUCUGCAGGCCCGUUUGUCGGAGAUAGAACAGCAGGCCCAGAUGCGCCUGAAGGAGUUGACGGCCGACUCCCCGUCCACACGCACCGGGGAGCAGACCCCGGAGGCUGAUCCGGACGGCGGCCUCUGUGGCGUGUGUCAGGAGAACGAGAAGGACGUCAGAUUUCUCCCCUGCGGCCAUACGGCCAUCUGCUGGGUGUGAGGGGGGAGGGGGGAAGGAGCGGAGGGGGGCGUGCAUCUGUGUUUGUGCGUGUGGGUGUGGGUGUGUGGUGUGGUUCACUAGGUAUGUUUCGAGAGGUAUGUGUUGCAGCUGCCGGUGGCGGAUCGGCAGUGCCCCCAGUGCUACACGGCAUACGAGAGCGCCACUUACCAGUGACGCGGCCACACACCCAAUACACCCAUACAUCCAACACCACAUAGAGCUCCCUGUCGAACACUCGCCGUGAGCGGAUGACGUGGGCGUGUCGGUGAUGGGGCCAUCACCAACACGCUCACACAUGCGGGGGUGUGUAUGGGUGUGUCUCUGCAUGAUCGUGAUGUGUGUACAGAGAGAGGGGCGUGGGUGUGAGGGAGGCAUGGGAAUGGACGUAGACGGCGAGAUGCAAUCACUUCGCCAGCGUGACAAUAUGAGACACGGUUCAAGAAAGGAACACUGGUUGGUUGAUGUCCAACGAAAGAAGUGUCGUUCAUCGUUGUGUGUGAAAGAUGGAAAUGCAUGGUA